AUGAACAACGAGCAGUUUCGGAAGCUGCUAGGCGCGAACUCAACCAAGUCAUCAUCACCAAGUAAUGGAGCCACGCCAAGUAGCGCCACGCCAUCUGGCGCUGGUGCUCUGGGAUCGCGACAACGAUCAAGCAUCCCAAUGACGCCCCGAUCUGUUGGUGGCAUGAACCCUAGAAACGAGUUUGCGCGACAACUUGCCGCUAGAAAUCAAGCAGCUCAGCCCCAAAAGAAGUUCCGAUCGUCAGCGCCCAAAGGAUCCCGACUCGCCGAAGGCUACGUGGACCGAUCGAAAGAGCGGUACGAUGAAGAGGAAGAUGACCGCGCGAAAAGGAUCAAGGCGUUGGAGGAGUCACUCAAGAACGAGGAGAUUGACAAGGAGACGUUUGAGAAGCUCCGCAACGAGAUUGCGGGAGGCGACAUCUCCAGCACGCAUCUGGUAAAGGGGUUGGACUUCAAGCUCCUGGCGAGGAUACGAAGGGGUGAAGACGUUUGGAAUGACGAAAAGGACAAAGAAGAGAAGGAGGAGGCACCCCCCGAAGAGGACAUCGACGAGGCAUUCGACGAAUUGGAGGAGUCAGAAGUGCAAGCUAUCGAGAAGGAGACCGUCAAGAAGAAAGGCCAGAUGGCGUCUAUCGCGCUUGCGCCUGGAAAAAAGAGAACACGCGACCAGAUUUUGGCAGAGAUGAAGGCUGCAAGAGCGGCUGCAAAGGCAGCGCAAGACAAUUUGGGCGACAAAUUCAGGAAGAUUGGAGCGAAGCAAAAACCCGGGACUCGCAUUGAGCGAGACAGCAAGGGCCGUGAGGUCCUAAUCAUCGUCGAUGAAGACGGUCACGAGAAGAGAAAGGUCCGGAAAGUGCAACCAGGAGUCGAAGAAGAGCAGAGGAAGGAGUUCAUUCCAGAUAAGGACGCGAAGCCGCUUGGCAUGGAAGUUCCUGAAUUCUACAAAAAGCAGCAGCAGCAGGAAGCCGAAGAAGAUGAUAACGAUGACAUUUUCGCCGACGCAGGAGAUGAUUACGAUCCACUUGCUGGCAUGGACAGCGACUCAGAUGAGGACGACGAAGGCGAGGUAAAAGACAAGGAGGCGAAGGAGGACGCCAAGGCAGAAUCCAAAUCCGACUCGACAUCAAUGGCACCGCCUCCCAGGCCAGCCGCCCCGCGCAAUUACUUCAAGGACUCCAAGACGGAGCUUAUUUCAUCACAAUCCAUCAAGGCACCCUCUAUGGAAGACCCCGCAAUCAUGGCAGCGUUCAAGAGGGCCGCACAACUUAGAGCAGCAAACAAGGAAGAGGAUAAUGAUGAGGAUGAAGAUGACGAAGAGGCCAAGGCCCGCGCGGCACGUCGCAGGAAGAUGCUGGAGUCGGUCGAUCGCGAUGCCGAAGAUCUGGACAUGGGCUUCGGCACCAGCAGAUUUGAGGAUGAGGCCGACUUUGACGACCAACCAAUUAAGUUGUCUCAAUGGGGCAACGACGAUGACGAAGAGGGUGGUCAUGGUGGCAAGACGAAGAGAAAGAGAGGUCCCAAGAAGAGAAAAGGCGACGCUACCAUGGUCGACCUCAAACUGACGGAACCCACAGUCCCAGUCUGGCUGGACUGCGACCCAGGCCACGAUGACACAUUCGCCAUCCUCCUGGCCGCCUACCACCCCACAAUCAAGCUACUGGGCCUCUCAACGGUCUUCGGAAACGCCCCCCUAGAAAAGACAACCGCCAACGCUUCGUCCAUCCUCACGGCGAUCGGCAAGCACAAUGACAUCCCCGUCUACGUCGGCGCCGCCAAGCCCAUGGCCCGGCCGCCCAUGCAAGCCGCCACCGAUAUCCACGGCGAAUCCGGCCUCGACGGAACCGACCUCCUCCCGCAGCCCCUGAAGGCUGCCGACCGCACCACCCCGGCCAUCGACGCCAUGGCCGCCGCCCUCUCCGCCCAGGCGCCCGGCACCGCCUGGCUCGUCGCCACGGGCUCCCUGACCAACGUCGCGCAGCUCUUCGCAAAGUACCCGGACCUCGUCGCCCACAUCAGGGGGCUGAGCAUCAUGGGCGGCGCCAUCGGCGACGGCUUCACGGACAUCGUCAUGGGCAAGGUCGACGGCGUCGCGCGCGUCGGCAACUGGACGCCCUGGGCCGAGUUCAACAUCAUCAUCGACCCGGAGGCCGCCGCCGCCGUGUUCCACAACAAGGCCCUCGCGGCCAAGACGACUCUCGUCCCGCUCGACCUGUCGCACCAGGUCCUCGCCACGGAGGAGGUGAGGGAGCUGCUGCUGUACGGGAAGGACGCUGCCGGCGAGAAGACGGGCAAGGGCAAGACCACGCUGCGGCAGAUGCUGGUCGAGCUUCUCAUGUUCUUUGCCAAGACGUAUAGCGACGUCUUCGGCAUCACCGCCGGCCCGCCCCUCCACGACCCCCUUGCCGUGGCCGCCGUCCUCACGGGUACCAAGCACGAGAUACCCUUCUACGACUUCGACACCAAGAAGGGCAACUGCGUAAAGUACCACGAGCGCUUCGACCUGACCGUCAUCACGGAGGGGUCUCUCGAGGAUGCGAAGGAGGGCAAGGCGCAGCUGGGCAGGACGGUUGCGAAGCUGCUGGAGCCGGGCAGCGAGGGCGUCAGGAUACCCCGCGGUCUCGACAUUCCCAUGUUCUGGAAGGUCAUCGAGGAGUGUACGGAGCGGGCGGAUCGGGUCAAUGCCGGUGAGGUGACGGGGUUGAAGGAGAAUGGUCUUCUGGAGAACUAA